AUGGCUUCCAUGCACGACCAACCGGUCGAUGAAGAAGCGGCGGCAAUCACGGAGUGCCGCUUUAGUGCAACCUCGCCUCUGGCCCGACUGAGAAGCCUGCUUCCUGUUGCCCUGAAUCGAUCAGCGAGCCCCGAUCCUCGUGAUCUUCCCACAACAUCCACAGACCGUCGUCGCGCAUCCAGUGUCGGUGCCUCUCUCGAUCAGGAUGAGUUCCUUUCCGAGAAGGUCACCGAGCAGCAGGAGAAGGGAACGACUCUUUCGGACACAAUCGCAGCAAAGGAGACAGUACUGUACCUUGCGUACGGUUCCAACCUCUCCUCCAAGACCUUCCGCGGCGUACGGAACAUCAAGCCGCUCUCCCAGAUUGCGGUCCUCGUUCCAGAGCUCCGGUUGACGUUCGACCUCCCUGGUAUCCCGUAUGCCGAACCCUGCUUCGCGGGAACACAAUUCCGAGAUCCGGAUGCUGCAGAGGAGCAGGAUGGAGCGUCGUCAGAAGAUGAUUCGCUCAUGGAUGGAGUGUACAUGUCAGAGAAGGAGCCGCUCAUGGUGGAGACACGGGAAGUACAAAGUACGGAUCUCCACAGGAACCGAUGGCACAAGCCUCUUGUCGGCGUUGUCUACGAGGUGACUCUGGCCGACUACGCGAUCAUCAUUGCAACCGAAGGAGGUGGCCGUGGCUACCGUGAUGUCGUAGUUGACUGCCACGCUUUCUCCGAAUCCUACAAGCCAACAGACCCAGUACCGAAUCACCCCGACACCCCGCCUUUCAAAGCCCAUACGCUCCUUUCGCCAGCUGCAGAUGAAGCAUUGAAGAAGAGAACUCAUGCGAUCAAAAGCGACCAUUCGCCAGCAAUGCACAAUCCUCGCCCUACAACCUGGUGUCUGGGAGACAUUGGUCCACACCUGCGUCCGGAUGGUGAAUAUGCACAGCCGUCUGCACGCUAUCUCAACCUCCUCAUAACCGGUGCCGCAGAACACGAGCUCCCAGUAUCAUAUCAAGAAUACCUCUCGCAGAUCCGACCCUACCGAAUUACCGAGAUGCGCCAGAAGAUUGGAAAGGGCGUCUUUCUUGCUAUCUGGGCACCGCCCAUUCUGUCGCUUCUGGCUUUGGGUAAAUUCUUCGCGGGUCCAGAUGGACGCAGUCCUCCGUGGUUGGUGAUUCUAGGUAAUGUGCUUUUCACUACGAUGUGGAAAAGCUAUGAUAAUGUCUUCAAGCCGGUGUUUGGAGAUGGUGAGCGAACCUUACAUGAUACCCCACCUCUAUAG